AUGACAAGUAUGCACGGCGCCGCGAAGCUGCCAGAGGGCGUCCUCAGUGAGGGUGGCGGCAUUGUCACAGGUCCACCACUAUUACCCCUGCGUGAGGGGGAAGGCGUGCAUCCGCAGCGGAGGAGGGGGGUGACGCCGUACGAGGAGGCUCAAUUGGAGGCCGCUGUUCGUAUUCGCCGCAUACGAGAAUUGGUGAUGCAGCUUGAUGGGAUGCACCCAGAAGCAGACCUAGCGUCUCGUGUCAAGUUAAGCCAGCAGAUCCGCAAGGAUGAGCGGCAGGCCAAGGUGGAGAUGCAGAGUGCAAGAAGGUUGGCAUUGAGUGAGGGACGAAUGCCGGACUUUGAGGUGUUGUUGCAUCACUUCAACACAAUGCUGGAUCUGGUGCAGGAACACUACGACGGGAGGCUUCCUGUUGCUAGGCCCAGCGGCGUCACCAGUGCAAGAGCCCCACUUGCCUCCGCUGACUGCAAGCACGCUGUGAACCAGGGCGCCUUCUUGAGCACCUAUUCCGGUAACAUCGCACCGGGGCCCGGCAAUGCCUACAACAUCCACGACGACGUGGAGUUCUUGCAGUUUUUUAAUGGCACACAAAAAAAUGACACUGCGAUAGACGAGUCGCUUGAUCGAAUCUACGGUGGUGUGCAGCGCCUCAACGAAAACGCGACGCACAUCACCUCCGAGCUCCGAACGCAGGAGCAGAUGCUGGAUGAGACUGAGCAAAAGGUGGGCGAUAUCCAUGGCAAUUUGGGCAAACUAAACGUGAGGCUGAAGAAUAUACUGAAAACGAUGGAUCGUCCUAUGAUAAUCGUAUACCUCCUUUGCUGUCUCAUACUCCUGGCUAUUAUCGUUGUAAUAUAUUUUAUGGUAAAACGCUGA